AUGGAGGGUAAGAAAACAUUAGGACGCAGAAAAAUUCCAUUAGAGAAAAUAGAAAAAGAAGCUGCUCGAUAUUCCUCAUUUUCUAAACGUCGUUCAGGCUUAUAUAAAAAAGCCAGUGAACUAGUAAGAGAAUUUGAUGUCAAUCUUGGAAUAGUUCUUUCUUCUCCAUCUGGUAAGUCGUAUUCAUUUGUUCACCCGACUACUGAUGUAGCCAUUGAUCGUUUUAUAAAUCCCACAACAGAAUUAGAUCUAGGUGCACAACUCGUUGCUGCAGAGGCACGCAACAAGGUAAUUCAAAACAGCGAUAGGCUAAAUGAAUUGGAUGCAAGAGAAAAAGCUGCUAAGGAAAAAAUACGUUUUAUGGAUCAAAAGAAUGAGGCUAGAGUAAGAUGUUGGUGGGAGUCCAUGGAUCAAUUCAAUGCAGAGGACAUAACCAAGUUUGAAGGUAUCAUGAAUACCGCUGAGGGUUUCUUAAAUGUCCAAUUGAAGCAGCUAGAAGAUGGAGCUUCGUCCUCCAUACAUUCCCCACCAAAGGAUGCAGAUAGUUGA